AAUCACCCCGGUAUCGGGCGUCUCUCUUCGCUUCCUCGUCGCCGCCGCUCCUAAUCAUCAGAGAGAGAGAGAUGGGCUUCCUCGUCCAUGCGCUCCGUCGCUCCAAUCCUCUGCUCCGAUCCCAGUUCUCUAACCUCACCCCCACCGGCAUCCGGUGGAUCUGCUCGUCCUCCGCCCUCCGAAAGCCGGAAUCUGCCGCAAUCGACAACUACGACCCGGCUGAACUGCCGCCUAGGACCCCCGUUGGCGGCGCCAGGUUCCACAUCGACAACCCCGAAGACGUCAUGGAGGUCUUCGUCGACGGGUACCCCGUCAAGAUCCCCAAGGGGAUGACCGUCCUCCAAGCCUGCGAGGUCGCCGGCGUCGACAUCCCUCGGUUUUGCUAUCACAGCCGACUUUCCAUCGCGGGAAACUGCCGCAUGUGCCUCGUUGAGGUUGAGAAGUCCCCCAAGCCCGUCGCCUCCUGCGCCAUGCCCGCACUCCCAGGAAUGAAAAUUAAGACGAACACGCCGGUGGCAAAGAAGGCUAGAGAAGGGGUGAUGGAGUUCCUGUUGAUGAAUCACCCACUGGACUGCCCGAUCUGCGAUCAGGGAGGCGAAUGUGACCUUCAGGAUCAGUCGAUGGCUUUUGGAGCGGACCGUGGACGAUUCACAGAGAUGAAGAGGUCGGUGGUUGAUAAGAAUCUGGGGCCGCUUGUAAAGACAGUGAUGACCCGAUGCAUCCAAUGCACAAGAUGUGUCAGAUUUGCUAGUGAGGUGGCUGGUGUUCAGGACCUAGGAAUGCUAGGUCGCGGUAGUGGGGAGGAAAUAGGAACUUACGUUGAGAGACUCAUGACAAGCGAGCUCUCAGGCAAUGUGAUAGAUAUCUGCCCUGUUGGAGCUCUGACUUCUAAACCUUUUGCUUUUAAAGCUAGAAACUGGGAGUUAAAGGGUACAGAGACUAUUGAUGUUACUGAUGCAGUUGGAUCAAACAUAAGAAUUGAUAGUAGAGGCCCAGAAGUUAUGCGAAUUGUGCCACGUCUGAAUGAGGAUAUUAAUGAGGAGUGGAUAUCAGACAAAACACGCUUCUGUUAUGAUGGUCUUAAAAGGCAAAGGUUAAAUGAUCCUAUGAUUCGUGGUGCUGAUGGACGAUUCAAGGCAGUGUCUUGGCAAGAUGCACUUGCAGUGGUUGCUGAAGUCAUCCAACAAGUUAAACCUGCUGAAAUUGUUGGAAUUGCAGGUCAACUUUCUGAUGCAGAAUCUAUGAUGACACUGAAAGACUUUUUGAACAGAUUGGGAUCAGAGAAUGUGGCAUGUGAAGGAAAUGGUGUGAAUCCUAAUGCAGAUUUACGUCCUAGUUACCUUAUGAACACACAUAUUGCCGGUCUUGAGAAUGCUGAUGCUUUCCUGUUGGUUGGCACCCAGCCUAGAGUAGAAGCCCCAUUGAUAAAUGCAAGAAUCAGAAAGACUGUACGAGCAAAUCAAGCUAAAGUGGCCUAUAUUGGCCCUCCAUCUGACUUCAACUAUGAUCACCAACAUAUUGGUACAUGUCCCAAAACACUCCUUGAGAUCGCGGAGGGCCGCCACCCUUUCUGCUCCACCCUGAAAUCUGCAAAGAACCCAGCUAUUAUAGUCGGUGCUGGAAUUUUCAAGCGCAAAGACAAGGAUGCCAUCUUUUCUAAAGUUGAGUCUAUAGCGAAGACUUUCAAUGUUAUCAGAAAAGACUGGAAUGGCUUCAAUGUCUUGCUACUGAAUGCCGCCCAAGCUGCUGCCCUCGACCUUGGUCUUGUAGGCAGCCCCUCUGAGAGUAUCCAAUCUGCCAAGUUUCUUUACCUGAUGGGGGCCGACGAUGUGAAAUUGGAAACACUCCCAGAUGAUGCAUUUGUAGUUUACCAGGGUCAUCAUGGCGAUAAAAAUGUUUACCGGGCUAAUGUUAUUUUACCUGCUGCUGCAUUCAGCGAGAAAGAAGGGACACAUGAGAACACUGAGGGUUGUGCCCAAUGGACAGUUCCUGCAGUCCCCACCGUUGGCGAUGCAAGAGAUGAUUGGAAGAUCAUUAGGGCGCUCUCUGAGGUGGCUGGUGUCCGUCUGCCUUACGAUAACCUUCAAGGCAUCCGUGCUCGGAUAAGGACAGUGGCGCCAAAUCUGCUGCAGGUGGACGAGAGAGAGCCAUCCACUCUCUCUUUCGACAUCAAACCAGACUGCAAAGAUCAAUUGAGCCUCGAGCCAUUCACAGCUGCAAUCGACAACUUCUACAUGACUAAUUCAAUAACCCGGGCGUCAAAGAUAAUGGCUCAAUGCAGUUCGCUACUGUUAAAGAAAUGAGUUUUUUCUCGAUGACACCACCUAUUGGUGUCGGUAUGAUUUAUUUUUGCCACUUUUGGUUGAACCCAGAAUCCUGUUGAAGCUAGGAUUUGCGUGUUGUAACUGCCAUACUCUUGCUCAUAAACGGCUGGAAUUAUGCCAUAUUUUUCUUUGGUGUGAGAAAACCAAAGUGAAUUUUUUCAACAUGGAUGAUUUUAUUGUAUUCCUGGUUUGGGCUA